AGGCCACUUGGGCGCUACCCUCCGUCACGUGACGGCGGAGCGGGCGGUCCCCUGGCGGGGGGGAGGAGAUUGGGGCUCUCUGGGCUCGCCUCGUUCUCCUAAUCUUUUCACACGGGGCGCCUGGUGGUGCGGGAGAGGAAGGCCAGAGCUUGCGCCGUCGCGGUAGGGACACUGAAGCGCCUCCCUCCCCCCCGGGCUUCAGGGAGGGGCCCGGGCGGCGCUGGUGCAGCUGGCCAUGUCCAUGGAGGACCCCUUCUUUGUGGUGAAAGGGGAGGUACAAAAAGCAGUGAACACUGCACAGGGGCUGUUCCAGAGAUGGACAGAGCUCCUGCAAGAUCCCUCCACAGCUACAAGAGAAGAAGUUGACUGGACCACCAAUGAGCUCAGGAAUAACCUGCGGAGCAUUGAGUGGGACCUGGAAGACUUGGAUGAAACUAUUAGCAUUGUUGAAGCAAAUCCUCGGAAAUUCAACCUUGAUGCAACUGAGCUGGGUGUAAGAAAAGCCUUCAUCACAAGCACACGGCAGGUGGUCAGGGAAAUGAAGGAUCAGAUGUCAAACUCAUCUGUUCAGGCACUGUCUGAAAGAAAAAACAGGAAGGCACUGCUGGGAGAAAGUGGAGGUCAGAGUUGGAGCUCUGGAUCAGAUAAAUAUGGCGGUUUGGAUCGAGAGCUACAGUUAGCCAAUUCACACUUCAUUGAGGAGCAACAGGCUCAGCAGCAGUUGAUUGUGGAGCAGCAGGAUGAGCAAUUGGAACUGGUCUCUGGCAGCAUUGGGGUGCUGAAGAACAUGUCCCAGCGCAUUGGUGGGGAGCUGGAAGAACAAGCAGUGAUGUUGGAUGACUUCUCUCAUGAGUUAGACAACACUCAGUCACGUCUUGAUAAUGUUAUGAAGAAGCUUGCAAAAGUGUCCCACAUGACCAGUGAUCGACGGCAGUGGUGUGCAAUCAUCAUUCUCUUUGUUAUCUUACUGGUGGUGCUUAUCCUGUUUUUUGUGCUGUGAUGGACUAACCUCCCUUGGACUUGUGCCCCCGCCUCAAAAAAAAAUGGGGAAAUGAAACUUGGUUAUCAUUUCCCUCCACUCUGAGAUUCCUGUCAUGAAAACUUACAUCUGGACCUUCCUGUUCUCUGUUGUGGACUAACACCUAUGGCAUGACUCUUGCAACUUCUUCAUCUGAUUCUAAGCCUCAUCAACUUGCCUGAGGGGAAAAUGAAGGACGGACGUGAUCCCAAAUUCUUCUGUACCUGGGACAUACUGAUGUGUGGACAACCGGCCCUCUUCUCUCUCACCGUCCUAUGUGGAGUGGCUUAGAUUUAGACCUAGAAUGGAAAAGGCAAUUCAGAAGGAGUUUACCACUGUUAAUAUUUUCAUCCAUUACAGGUGUGACCCAUAUGAAGCCUGGAAACAUCCUAAGCUGCCACAUAUUCCCCUUUCCCUUGUCAAAUGCCACUCUUGUCAGCUUUAGACAUAGACUAAUGGUUCCUUGGGACAGUAUUUCAUUGACUACUGGAAGCUGAUCACCAGCCAACAGUGCAGCACUUCCAAGCUAAUAAAAGUUGCUCACUAGGAAGGAAAGAAGGCACCGGAGGAGUAGCGUUGAUGUCAGUAAAUGCAUUAAUUUAUACUCUGGCUAUCUUCACUCCAGUGCAAAGCUAUAAGAGACAUGUGCGGAGAGAGAUUGCUUUUAAGGGUGCAGACAAAUUCUGCUUUUGAAAAUACUAAGUGGUAGGAGCAGCAAGGUCUUGGACCCUAUGGGAUUAAUAAAAGGGGAGAUAUGGCUCAUAACUGCUGACAUGAAAUCUAAUGUGAACUUGAGUCUGUAUCUAACAGGCUACUGGCACUGUGCUAGACUGGUCUCAUAACAGCAGUAUUGAUUUGACCUUACACAGUUCAGUAAGUAGCUUGGACGUGUUAGAAUCAUGAGCAAAACAAACUUGCAGGACAUCUCAGCAGAAUCUUACAUACUGUGUAUUUGUGAACUACAAAAAGACUGUGCUGCCCUACCUGAGGCAGCUGCAGUUAACGGCAGCGCUUUAACUUGUUUACUGCACUGUAAGCCAAAAGUUGAUAAACUCUAGGCUGAGGGUAAACGUUUUCUAAAACUCUUUAAAUCUUGAUUAUACAAGCCUCAAGCCCACUGAGUGUGCUUUUCGCUGUUGUGUAACUGAAUGACUGCCUCUGUUAAACUGCUGUUACCGUUUGGCAAGUGAUUUGUCAAGUUUUAAAAUAACAUACAAUAUUUUGAUAAAUAAACUUCAAAGGUAUUUAAUAUUAAUGAUAUGGGCCAUAUUCUCUCCUUGGAUAUGUCACAUCCAUUGACUAAUUUAUACAUGCACAGGGUAGAAUAUGGCCCAGAGCUUGCACCCUAAAUGUAUACUAACACACACACAACUAGGAUGUCUUAAUUUUUCCUGACCCAGUAUUUUUUAGAAAUGUUAAGCACUGUUGUGACAAACAAAAAGCCAGAACAUGCAAAGUUAAGGGAGAGACUCCAGUUCAUCAUUAUUUCCCCAAUCCUUACGUUACCUUUGAAUUGCCUGGCACUUCAGUUUUGUUUCACAACAUUGUUAUUUAAGUCUAGUUUUGUCACAGUGAAUUGGAAAUUAGACUUAAUGAGUCACUGUUUUAUUUAAGUGUUGCUAAAAGCUGUCAGUACCAAAACUUUGGUGUAGAAGGUAACCUGGCAGCAUAGGUGUGGGGACAAAUAAAUCCAAAUAGCUGUUUUAUACUGCAAAACUGAUUUAAAAGCCCCCCCCCCCCUUUUCUUUAAAUUGCUGCUCCUGGCCUUCUGACUCAGAUUAAUUUAGAAAAGUUUAAGGCAACCACGCUUUUCUUUUAAAAAAAGAAUUGCCCUUUCCAGGCCAAAAAGUGGGAGUUACUUAGUGCCCAUACAUAGCAAAUCUUGAUAGCUAAAACUGCAUGCUGCUCAAGUAUAAGCCCAUUCAGUGGGUUCCUUCCUCAGGAUACCCUUGAAAGUGAGAUUUCAGCUUUAAUGAGAUAUUUCUUUGUUAAACACUGAAAUAGACUUUAAUCCUAACUAAACUUGCUUCUGCAUGGCAGUAUUGUGGCUCUCAGACUAAAUUACAAUAACCUGCCUAUGUAAAAAAAAAUUGAAUUUGUACACAGAACACUUACGUUGUAACAUGGAAAGUAAGCAUGUACUAUAUGCCUUCUCGCUCCUGCAGGAUUAGGGAUAACUGCCCUUCACUCUUAAAUGGGACAUUCGUUUGUUUAAUGUGCCCUUAUCUCUAUUUUGGGUAGCAUUUCCCAUACAGGCCUUCUAUAUUUAAAAAAAAAAUUGCAGAUCACCUUUAACUGAGAGUUUGUCUAUACUAGAAAGUUAAUACAGAUUAAGGUAGAUUGCAAAUUUAAAGCACAGUAGCUGUUUCUGAAUAACUUGGUGGAUCAGCCCUUAUUCUGGAACAAGAAUGCCUUGUUGCUGUUUAGCUUAACCCACUUGGAAACUGUAGACAAGCCCUGAAAUAUUCCUUGAUUUAGUUUGUCAGAAAUAAGUUAAAUUUAUCACUGGUGUGUUAAAUACAUGCUUUGCUUCCUCUAGGAUCUGUUAUACUCUUGCUGUGCAUAUUGGAAGCUAAGUAGACUUGGUCCAUUAUAAUCACACUUGCAUUUAAUAUCUCUUCAAGAGUAACUUUUCAGUGGGAGAUCCAGGAAGCUAACUAUGUAACUCCCAUUAGAUUUAAUAGGAAUCUGUGUGGACCUGACACUGUACCUUUCAAUGCUUGGCACUUCAGUGUUGCUGUUACAAAGCGGAUUUGGGUAUGUGCACCCACUGCUGCUGUGUCUUGUCACUGGAGAAUAUACUAACCUGUUUGUUUUAUAUUUGGAACAGCAUCCUGUGAAAUGACUAACUUUAGACACGUCAGAAAACUUGAGCCUAUAUAAAAACCAGGAGAGCCAUUUUCAGUAGAGGAAGGAAGAUUUCCCACUUCUAAUUCUAUUUAACUGCCUGAUACUGUAAUUUCAGUAUAGGGCUCAGUGCUAGUUGUUCAUUGUAGAAUGUGGGAACAGACAUCUUUUCACUGGUAGUUGCACACGCAGUUCCCCACUUACAUUACAAUAUGCUGUGUUGUGUUCUCUCCAAGAAUUCUUAAUUAAAUGAGUUGUACAGAACUGCUCCUCCACUUAAGGAAAUUUUAGACUAUAACAUGUUACCAGAAGCCUAUUAAACUGCUGUGCUUAAGUACGUCUGUCUAGAUGGUGCUGCGAGCUAGCAAAUUCAGUGUCUUUAGUCCUAUUCUCCUUGUAAAUCUGCUUGCUCCUGUUGCCUUUUCAUUUAAUUAUGUCAUAAAUAAUGGACUGUGGCAUCACCAAAUGAAUCCAGCUACUGGAAAUAGUUAAAUGGUGGGUUUUUUGAUAAUCCUUUGUUAGAAGUGUAAAUAUAGAGAGAGUGAGUCUGGUACAAUAUUACAUUUGAAAGUUCAGACGGUCUCUAAAGCUUGGAGAAGCUAGAGACAGCUUCUGUGAACAUAUUCCAGACUGGUACACAGUGUUAAUCAAAAUAUAGCACUCUUUGAACUCUGAGAAAGAUCCUUGUACAGAAUCUGGAUCAAAUUAACAGUGUGACAUUUUCAUCUUGGUGUGGCAAGCCUGGGCAGUUGGAACAUUUAUACGGUCCACACUAAGCUGUAAUGAAGAGGUUGCAGAUAGACAUCUGUAGAGUUUGACGUCUUAAUGCUGUAGUGGAGGUAGGUGGCCUCUGAGGAAGCUUUUCUGACCAUCCCUUAUGGUUGAGCACUGUGAAAGAUCUGUUAUACUUGAUCAUGGCGGAAUCUAAAAUGGCUAGCUGUGGCUUAUUUUCAUACUGUAAAUGUUGCUGUUCUUCCUUCAUUCAGAAGAGCUGUUAAAACUGCUGGUUGUGUUGUAAUUGAACUUUCCUCAAAGAGGAACUAGACAGUCAUCUCCAAUUUUAUAUUUGUUUUAACUUUGGGACAGUGACAUUUCAUUAUGUUGUGCUCCACAUUGUAAGAGAGUUGGGUACUGUGCUCAGAGUCCAUCUGCUAUUUUCCUUUCUUCAGGUUAGUGGCAGGCUGCCAAAAAUUGCAUUUUAGUAAUGCUGUUUAUAAGGGGAGCCACUUAUUGCAUUCUCUUAUGGGCAGGGGAGGAUAGAUUGUACUUCCCAUGACCCUACUAGCCCCUCCUGUUCCUCCUUCCAUACAGGUUUUUAAAGGAACUACUCGAUCAUCUGAGACCUAGUAGUCCAUAAGUGCAAUGAGUUAAAUGCAGAUUUGUACUCUAUGUGCAUCCCACACGAAGUGGGCUUGGGAGGUGUACAGCACAGUACUUGCAAUGUACACAUGUGAAUUGUCUAGAAGCCCAGUGAGUGGUGUUGCAGGUGGUUGGUAAUGAGAUGGUGGAUGAGUCUCCCUUUCCCUAUUUUUUUCCCUUCCAUGACCAUACUUCAGUUCCUUGUAAUCUUGUUCCCUGGCAGCUUCUGCCCUGUCAUUCAUUAUUGAGAGAGCAAUCUCACAAGUACCAAGAGAACCACAGUCCAUUGCCUGGCCAGCAGUAUUAGAUAUUUAUGCUAUUAUCUAAACUUUAGCUUGCAUUAAAAAGCUCUGCAUAGCAGACAUGCUUUGAGAACUGCUGCCUUAAUGCACUAGUUUACUGUGGCUGUGUUGCAGCUUGUUUUAUAAAGGUGGGGCCUGUUGCAGCGUACAGCCACCUAACUUUAAAGGAACUCUGCUCAUCUUUACUUCAGGAUUAGCAGAUCUUCCCUGUUUACUAUAGAAAGAUCUUUGCACAAAGCUGAAACUUUAGCUGCACCCUUCAGGUUAAAAAAAGGGGUGGUGAGAUGUCUUAAACGGUCUCUCACUACAGUUCUGGGUUCAAGCAUGUCUCACUAACAGUUUCCAGCAAAAAGAGGGAAGGCAAGCCUUGAUUUUUCUGAUGGAAAAGCAAAAAAUGGUUUGGGGAAGGUGGCACUUUGUAGCUGUCUUUCUGAUUCAUUCCAAAGGAGCAAUAGAAGAGCACAAACACUUUUCCAUCGGUGAAGAAACCCUAGUCUAGGAACAUGGGGGUGAUGAAUUAUUUCAGCCCUAGAAAGUUGUUUUGCUAAAAGUGUUGAUUUGGAUUGAAGACUGUUGUAACUCAAAGGCUUCUACCACAACUCUGCUAGGUCUUAUGCCAAAUUAAAGUGUAUAGUAAAACAUUGAUUCAGCCCCUACAGUCUUGUGUGUGUUAAGUAGGAAUAGUCUGAUGGAGGCUUGACCACAGCAGUCAAGGGCCUAGUGCUACCAAUAUGGUUAGUACUAGUGCUAGCCCCAGAAGAGUCCUUGAGCCAAAGUAGUUGAGUGACCUCAAAAUAUUGAUAGACAACAAACCACCUGUCAUGUAGAGGAGGUUGAGAUUACCAUCAGCUUUCUCUUUCCCCUCCAAGAGGAGGCAAAACCUAUCCUCUCCUUCAUCCCCAUGAUUACCCUGGAAUCAUGGUAUAGUAAAAACCCACGGUGUACAGUAAGCAGGCCUGGCAAGUACAGUUCAGGGGGGCUAGGUAUACCAAACCUGAUGCUGCAGGACCAAAUCUUUGGAUUAUUUCACAGCACUAUGGAAAAACUCAGAGCUUUAUAUCCAGAAAAUGAACUCAUCUCCCACAGUACCCCGCCUUAGCACAAGCAAGUCCACCCAUGUAACAUGCUUCGUGGACUAAGGUUUGGGAAUCCCUUCUUACUGCUUCACUUCCCCUCCCAGGCUCAGAUACAGCCGGUGCAGUGCAAAGCAGUGCACAUGACAACAAACAGAAAAAACAAGCAAUGGAUGGGCAGCUGACUGACAGUCAUUCAUCCAAAACACUCUUCCAUUGUUUCCGUAUGUAAAUGCAGCAGGGAGCUCUCACAGCACUGUCCUGUGCUAGUGCUGCCCGAGUGCAGCAGCUGCUUGUUCCGUUUGGAUGCACUGGCUGCUCUCCAUGGUGAUGCUCAUCAGGACAAUGCAUCUGGGGGGAUUCUGUAAAAAGCUCUGACUUACCAGAAUGCAGAAGUAACUUUCCUUUACUCUUUCCAUCUUACUCUCCUCAGUGGGGGAGCAAAGAUUGCAGUAACCGAUUACCAAACCUCUGCUGCUAUUCCAUUGAGUGUUUUAGAUGACAGUAGAACUGCUACUCUGAUCUGGGAGCAACACAGGCAUGAGUGGAAAAAACAGCUCUGGAAUAUUUGCUUGGUGUUGAAGUGAUUGUGUUGUAAACUCUGGUGUGCUGACUGUUAGCUGGGGGAAGGGGAGAUAUAAGGAUUUGACUAUGCAAAAAAUCAAAUCUGUUUUAGUGUGAAGUUAUGAACUCAUCUUUAAUGGGGAGUAAGUUUGGUAAUUAAUUAUGUAGAAAAGUUAUUUAAAUAGAUACAGUCAGGGAAAAAGCAGUUUCCCCUUAUGUUCCAGAAGCCAGUUGCCACUAAGGAACAUAAGGGUCAAGACUCAAGGGGACAGCAGUGGAGUGGGAGGCAAAGCUAGUCCUGGAAAACUUACAGUUGUCUCUUCUGAUGAUUCUUUACCCAUGUGUAUACAUGGUUUAGCACUCAUGAUCCAUAUGCUGUGUUGCUGCAGCACAGGAAAGCAGCUGGUCUAUGCCUGGGUGGAGAUCCUGCUGUCUGUUUUCCCCUGAAAUAUUCGGUGAGGAUUGACAGCAGUUCAUUCCUGUGGAGUACAAUGUGAUUACACCACGGCAACUGUUCCCACGAAACAAAAUGUGAUAAGUCACAGCUAAGUAGUAGCUGUUGGAGAGUAAGGACACUGGGCAAUAGUGUAAAGCCUGUGAGAAACGUUUUAAAUAAUGAGCUGCAGAAGCCGUCUAAGGAAAUGGUGUUACUCUAAAAUAUCAACAACUGUUGACUUCUGCUGUUGGAAUCAUGUUAGUUAUGCAAAGAAUCCUUCAUCCUUCUACAGUAUUAAAGUGGAGAUUCGCUGAA